AUGGAAUUUUUUGUGCGUUUUUACGAUAGCUAUCUAUUUCGGGUAACGGAACUCCAGGAGGUGAAACAUACGAGGUGUAAUCAGCGGCAGCAGAUGGAAAUCAGGGGGAAGGCGUGCCAACAAAGCGUCUGCGGCUGCUCUCCGCGUACCCGCGACGUAGGAUUUCCCCCCUGCAGCAUGAACAGGAUUGGCCGCAGCGCUGACAACAAGCUCAGCAAGUCAACCUUCUGGAGCCGGGGACAGAGCCGCUGUGAGCAAACUACUCCUUCGCCGCAUCAGCAACACCAGCAGUCCGAACACCAGCUCCAGAUCCUUAUCUUCCUGCGCGACGAGAUCCGGGAGCUGCAGCCCGGCAACGCCGUCGGGGAUGGCCAGCCGCCGCUCCAACUGGGUCCCAAACUCCCCCUUGCCGGCGGAUCUGGGCCGUACAACGCUGGACUCGCAGUCUUUGAACCGAUCUCCGGCUGCGUGUACUACCUAGAGGGCAGCUCGGCUGUCAUGAAGCUGGAUUGUAAUGACGCCGUUCAUUUGGUCGCCGGUCGAGACGGGUGCCGCAAGGGCCGGUGGCGGGCUCCGUACUGCUGGUCGCUGCUGGCCCGGCGGCGACGGCGACGGCGACGGCGGCGGCGACGGCAGCGGCCACCUUGGGGCGAAGACGAUGGUCCUGGCGUGGCUGCGCAUUUUAGUCAGGUUAGCGCGCUGGCGGCCGACGGCAAGGGCGCCGUGUACAUCGCGGAGCCGGACCGCAUUCGCCGACUGGAUGUCGAAAGCGGCACGGUGAUGACCUUGCCGAAUUCCGCACCGCCAGCGAUGCACUGGACGGCGCUGUCCUACAACGCCGACGACGACAUGCUGGUAGCCGCAACACCAUACGCAAUCUGCCACGUGGCGUUGCCGUACAACGAAGGCUCCUGUGGGUUAGACGGUGGUGAGGAUAAUGAAAGCAGCGGCAGCGGUGCUGGCGGCGGCGCGCUGCCGCCACGGCUUGUGGCGGGCAACUGGGGAUCGUACGGUCGCGCCGACGGUGCUGGUACGGCGGCGCAAUUUUAUAACAUUAAUGCCAUCCUGUCGGGUGCGGGUCGCAAUCUGUACAUCGCCGACGCGACAUCGUUACGUGUCAUGGACUGCUGUGGGUAUGUACGGACAGUCCUGUCCCGCGGUUGCCUGCCGUACUGCUGCAGCUUCAUGACGGCACUACCGAAUGGUGACCUGGCAGUAAGCGGCUUCUCAUACACGAAUCCGGCCAUUAUAUUUAUCAGUGAUGGCAGUUUCGCACCGGCCGCUGACGCGCUGGGAGGCGGCCUGCAGAGCCUAGAGGGUGGCCAGCCACCGCUACGGCACUGCACAGGCAGGAAGGCGACGGCGGGAAGGGCGACAGGGGCGGCAGCGGAGCUCUUUGAGCUCCUGUCUACGCCGCUGACGCCAUCAAUGAUCGCGCCUGGGGGCGGGGAGGUGUACGUCGGUUUGGGGCGCCACGAUGGCGGCCAGACUCUGACGAUUUUGGUGGGUGCUGAACGCAAGUCUUUCGUUGCCCAUCGCGCCGUACUGUCCGCACGCACCGGAUUUUUCAGAGAGCUGCUUUCGCCAAGACGCCUUUGUGCCAUGGCCAUUGCUAGUGGCGACGGCGCCUCAGGUUCCAACGGUGCCGCCCAAGCGGGUGCUGAUGACGCCGCAGGCGUGUUCGUGUUGCCUGACGCCGAUCCGGUUGCCUUUGGCUGGCUGCUCGUUUACAUGUACUGCGGCGAGCUUGCCGUACCGGACGAGCUAUUGGAUACCGCUGCGGACCUGGCGGAGCGCCUGCGUAUGCCAGCGGUUUGCCUUGCCAAGCUGCAGGAGCGCCGGCUCGCAAGGCUGCCCAAACCCGCCUCGAUGGUUUCGGAGGUGGCGUCAACCCGCCUGAUACCGUCUCUGGGUUCUUGCGUGAUGCUCUGCGGCAUCUGGGAAAAGUGA